AUGGCGGAGGAGGAUUCUCACCCUUGUCUGAAUCCCUUGAAUCUCAAACCUUGUCUAAAUCCCUUGAUUCUCGCCUUGUCUGAAUCCUUUGAUUCUCACCCCUUGUCUGAAUCCCUUGAAUCUCACCCCUUGUUUGAAUCCCUUGAUUCUCACCCAUUGUCUGAAUAUCUUGAUUCUCGCCCCUUGUUUGAAUCCCUUGAUUCUCACCCCUUGUCUGAAUCCCUUGAUUCUCACCCCUUGUCUGAAUCCCUUGAUUCUCAACCCUUGUCUGAAUCCCUUGAUUAUCGUCCCUUGUCUGAAUCACUUGAAUCUCACCCCUUGUCUGAAUCCCUUGAUUCUCACCCCUUGUCUGAAUCCCUUGAAUCUCACACCUUGUCUGAAUCCCUUGAUUCUCACUCCUUGUCUGAAUCCCUUGAUUCUCAACCCUUGUCUGAAUCCAAUGAUUCUCACCCGUUGUCUGAAUCACUUCAAUCUUACCCCUUGUCUGAAUCCCUUGAUUCUCACCCCUUGUCUGAAUUCCUUGAUUUUCACCCCUUGUCUGAAUCCCUUGAAUCUCACCCCUUGUUUGAAUCCCUUGAUUCUCACCCCUUGUCUGAAUCCCUUGAAUUUCAACCUUUGUCUGAAUCCAUUGAUUCUCACCCCUUGUCUGAAUCUCUUGAUUCUCACCCCUUCUCUGAAUCCCUUGAUUUUCACCCCUUGUCUGAAUUCCUUGAUUCUCACCCCUUGUCUGAAUCCCUUGAAUCUCACCCCUUAUUUGAAUCCCUUGAUUCUCACCCCUUGUCUGAAUCCCUUGAUUUUCACCCCUUGUCUGAAUAUCUUGAUUCUCACCCAUUGUCUGAAUCCCUUGAUUCUCACCCCUUGUCUGAAUAUUUGAUUCUCACCCAUUAUUCUUGCCCCUUGUCUGGAUCCCUUGAAUUUCACCCCUUGUCUGAAUCCCUUGAUUCUCACCCCUUGUCUGAAUCCCUUGAUUCUCACCCCUUGUCUGAAUCUCUUGAUUCUCACCCCUUGUCUCAAUUCCUUGAUUCUCACCCCUUGUCUGAAUCCCUUGAUUCUCACCCCUUGUCUGAAUCCCUUGAUUCUCACCCCUUGUCUAAAUCCCUGGAUUCUCACACCUUGCCUGAAUUCCUUGAUUCUCACCCCUUGUCUGAAUCCCUGGAUUCUCACACCUUGUCUGAAUCCCUUGAUUCUCACCCCUUGUCUGAAUUCCUUGAUUCUCACAACAAAGUCGAUUUGAUAUUUCUCCUGUAUAGCUGCUUUCCAUUAUAA